AACAAGUCUAAAGGGAACAGCACAGCUCUGUUGACACUAAACUUUGGACACCAUCGAGUCGACAGCAGUGGAAGGUCUGUGCUGCAGAAAUCUCAUAGAAGACAAAAUGGAAAUUGCGGAGGAUUAUGAAUAUCAAAUGGACUAUAACUACACUGACGACAGCAAUUACACUCUAACUGAGUCUUCAGUUUUUCAUCACCAGUCGACGUGUUUAAAGGAAGUCUUGUGUGUGUCUUUGCUCGUGGUCAGUGUGGUGAUUUUUCUGCUGGGUUUCUUUGGAAACGGUCUGGUCAUCUGGAUCUCUGGCUUCAAGAUGAAGAAGACGGUCAACACUACCUGGUACCUGAGCCUCGCCAUCUCCGACUUUGUCUUCUGCGUCUUCCUCCCGUUCAGCAUCACCAACAUGGCGAUGGAGGAGUGGAUCUUUGGCCGCUUUAUGUGCAAAUUCGCCCCCUCCAUUAUGUUCCUCAACAUGUUCAGCAGCAUCUUCCUCCUGGUCGUCAUCAGCAUCGACCGCUGCGUGUCAGUCGUGUUUCCAGUUUGGGCCCAGAACCAUCGCACUGUUCAAAAGGCGUCUGUGGUUGUUUGCAUGUCCUGGCUUUUCGCCAUCGGACUGAGCGUUCCCUCUGUCAUCUUCCGAGAUGUUGGCACUCACCUGAGUAGGACCAGUUGCUACAAUAAUUACACACAGAGCAAACACGGUCACAUGAUAAUUGCAUGGAGCCGCUUCCUCGCAGGGUUUAUCGUCCCUUUCAUCAUCAUCAUCAUCUGCUACUCCAUCAUCAUCAUCAAACUGCGAACCAACAGGAUGACCAAAAACAACAAACCUUUCAAAGUCAUGUCUGCGCUCGUCGCCGCUUUCUUCAUCUGCUGGCUGCCGUACCACGUGUUCGUCCUGCUGGAGGUCAACCAUCAAAACUACGACCAUGCCAUUUUAACCGCCGGGCUCAAAGUAGGUACUUGUAUGGCGGCAGCGAACAGCUUUCUCAACCCAGUGUUGUAUGUUUUCAUGGGGAAUGACUUCAAGAGGAAGUUCAAGAGCUCCAUGCUCUCAAAGAUGGAGAACGCGAUGGGCGAGGAAGGCCGCACCACCAGCCGAUACCUGUCCAGGUCCAGCUCUAUGGACAACAGAGCGUCUACGCACAUCUAGAGGAAACUGUUUCACUCACAAAAGUACUGUUUCAAAUAUGCAAGUAAUUAACUCAAGAAAUAUGUAUAGUCUCACGGUGCCAGCGAGCAUUUUUGUUGCACUUUCCUGCUGUUGGCAGCACAGAGAAAUCUGUUGCCAAACAUAUAAUGUAGUUGAAGAAUCUUCAGGCUUGAGCCGAUGUCUAAACAUGUACUUUGCUCGUUGUGCAUCGCAGGGUGCAUCAAUCUCCUCCAGCAGAAGCAGUGUUUUUCCAGAACUGUGGAGAGUUCUGCAGGCUUUUACUAACUGCAGCAAUCAGAUCAUUUUAGUUGUAAAUACGAGGUCUGUAUUUUUUCUGAUAAUAAGCUCAUAAACAUUUAUUAUCAUUAUGUUAGGCAUUGGUUGAAGGUGUAUUAAGAAAGAUGAACACUCCAGGGACUCCUUUAAUUUACAGAUAUAUUUAGUCUUGCAGGACUCUUGUAUACUCAGACAUUAAUUGUAGUAAAAAGUAUUUUGAUGAAUGAAAAACAUGAAAAUUAAUAGGAAAGGAAAUAACCUUCUGUUGCAUAUUUGUUGGAAUAAAGCUUCAGACUUUGUUUUGUUUUUUAAAGGAAGUAUUCAAUUUGUAGAAUUAAUAGUUUUUUUCAUUUGAUCUCUGAACUUAAAUGAAGGAAAAGAGCCAAGAAGUGUUUGCUGGUAUUUCUUUUCCUUGCACAUAAAACCUUAACUGUUAAAAAAAAAGGGAUGUUCUGUGGUUUUAUCUAAUGACACCUCAGUACGCAACUAUUUUCUGUUGCUACAUGUAUGUUUGUCAUAUCAGACUGACCCUAAUAAAUGGUUAGAGGACUGUUGUUGAGUACAGAGAAGUUUGUUCUCAUGAAUCAUAGAAAUAUAACACACCCAAAUGUUUUUACCAGCUGUUUUUUGAUGUAUGAGUGCUGUGCAGUGAACGUGACUUGUGCAAUAAUGUUUCUGUUUUCUGUAAUAAAUAAAGUUGUAA